ACCUUGAAAUGUCAACGUCAUGCCCAAAGUGCAAGAUAGUGCGUUGUGAGAAUAUACACUUAUUAAUAAAUAGUAUUCGUAAGAUAAAUUCGCAAGACUAAUCCAAAAUCAGUGUCUCAGUGCCUAUCUCUCCAACCGAGGAUAAAACCAAAAAUACUUGUCACCGGCCCAAUCUGUAAAGCAAGAGCUGCAAACAAAUAAUCAAUAAUAUUGAAUUCCAUAACUAUACUAAUACAUCGAGUAUUAUUGAGCCGCAUUGCCAUUGUUGUAUAAAAAUAUGGCAACAGGAGGUGAAAAACAAUUUUUCGGACCCUUGACUUUACACCAACAGAGUAAAGUUGCAACAAUUUUCAAGACAAAUGAACCGAAACAUUGUACGUGUAUUUUAUGUGAAGAAAAAUUUGUUCUACCUGAGGAAGAACACAAUUUACUCAAUCAUUUAUUUGUAUCACACCGUUUAGUAAUCGCAGAUGUCAAUAAAAUAUCCGAUUUCUGUGAUUACCUUGUUUAUUGGAGGUUGAGACUAAAAGAUCAUGGUCUUCCAUACUUUUGCACCACAAUGUUGUUGGACAGUAAACCUGAUGGUACUCCGUCAAGGAAUGAAGAAUAUUAUCUCUUAAGUGAUAUACAUCCCGAAGACAAGGAACUUCGUAGCAGCUUACUGCAAAAAAGAUUAGAAAAACUAUUGGAAAUACAUGCUUUCGAACGAGAAGAUGAUAAUUAUAAACGAGAAUGUUUAUUUUGUCGGUGCCAGACAAAUACAACAAGGGCUAGUUAUUUGAAUCACCUUUUUGAAAAGCAUAACUUUUAUGUUGCUAAACCAGAAAAUUUAAUCUUCGUGGAUGAUCUGAUAGAUUUUAUAGCAUUAAAACUAAAGAAUCUACAGUGCAUAUACUGUGAGGGUGUGUUUAAAGAUCGAACCAUUCUCAAAGAACACAUGAGAAAGAAGGGACAUAAGAGAAUAAAUCCCUGUAACAAAAAGUAUGAUAAAUAUUUCCUAGUGAAUUAUUUAGGUGAUAAACCAAAAACUAUGAAUCAAGCAUGUAAAAAACACUAUCAUGAAGUACAAAAAACUAAACAAUGGGCCAACAACGUAUGUGACCAGGAUUCAGAUGUUGACAGCGAUCCAGAUUGGUCACAAUGGACCGAAGAGAACGGACCAUUAAUCACUUGCCUAAUCUGUGAUCACAGUGAAAAAGAAUAUCAAAACAUACUUGAUCAUAUGGAACAAAAACAUGAUUUCUCAUUCACAAAAGAAACUACUGGAUUACUCUUCUAUCACAAGAUUAAAGUUGUGAAUUUUAUACGAAGACAGGUAUAUUUGAAGCAAUGCUGGUCGUGUGAUACAAAGUUUGAUGAUGCAAAGAAUCUUGAAAAGCAUUUAAAAGAAAAAAAACACUGGCACUUGCCUGAAAAGACAUGGGAUCAACCGGAAUACUAUUUUCCAACAUAUGAAGAUGAUUUGUUCCUAUGUUUCAUUAAUGAUGAUAAUGAUAGCUGGUGGUCAAGUGAUGAUGAAGAAGCCACAAAUAACAUGAUGAGUGAUGAUAUAUCUCGGGAAAUGGCAUUAUCUGUUUUAAAUGAUUAAAAAAAAGCUUGUAACAUUUUUAAUCUCAAUCUAUUGUAAAACUAUAAAAAAAUGUUGUUUAGUGCAAUAAUAUAAACUGUAGGCUUUCGGCUUUCUUUUAGAACAUAUUGUUCUAUAUCUCUGUUUUGUCAAAAGUAAUGACAGGGAUGAUAAUAUGUUUUAUAUAGAGAUUUUGGUCUCGGAAACUUACGGGAAGCAAUAUAGAGGUUGUGUUUGAAUCCUAAACAUUAAUUUUUUAAUGAACUAUGUCUUUGCUUUUUAAAAGACAGGAGCUGUCAAACUCCCCUAUGAAAUAUAAACGAUCGAUAAGUUUUAAAGUAGCUUUUAUACUUGUUUUGCGUAAAUUGUUGAGUCAAUAGUUAAUAAAGACUUCAAUUUUAUGUAAGCUUUAGUGAAUGUUUGUCAUCUUUACCCUACCCCCACGGUAAGUGGCGUAGUCUGUUUCUCUUUAGUAUUAGUGUCCAUUAAUUGGAUCACGAAAAAAAAAUACAUUGCUUGUAAACUUAACUUCAUAUUAUAUUCAACUUAUAAAGGAAUAAUAAACUAUAAUCU